AUGGCUGACUUUGCCAAGAACAAUCUGAUAUGUCGUUUCGGUGUGCCGGAAUCUAUCAUCAAGGACAAUGGUGCCAAUCAGAACAGCCAUUUGAUGAAAGACAUCAGUGAACAAUUCAAAAUCACUUACAGGAACUCUACCGCCUAUCGGCCACAGAUGAAUGGAGCCGUAGAAGCUGUCAAUAAGAACAUCAAAAGGAUUUUGAGGAAGAUGGUUGAAAACUACAAGAAUUGGACAGCGGAUACACCACCAACCAGCUUACCCACUAUAAAGCAAAAGGCAAGAGCCCAAACGGAGGAGAGAGAUCGAAAGGAUCACAGCAGAAACAGUUUACCCAAAGGCUCUGUGGAUCCCAGGCCGGAGUCGGCAGCCGAACCCACAACAUCGGCACCCGAGUUUAACUCGACGGGUGCAUCUCGUGCCCUUGCUGCUGCUGCUGCCGCCAAGAGGAAAAGGCCCUCGGAUAAAGGGCAAAAGUCGAAGAGGAGGGCGAGGAGAGUCACUCGGACCUUACGGGAUGAAACAGAGGCCGACAUUAUUGUUCGGAGAGUCGAUGCCGAUGCUCCCAUGGCUCCUAUCCCGAAGGAGGCUGUCGCCGUUCCACCCCUUCUUUCUGCUAGUGCAGGACUUUUGGUUCCGGUAGUUAACCAUGGCAUCCCACAAUCAGUUAUGAAAGAUGCGUUAGAUGCUGCAAGUGAGUUUUUCGAUGUACCAAAUGAAGAGAAGAAAAUACUAUUCUCCACAAAUGUUCAUGCACCCGUAAGGUAUGGUACUAGUAUGAAUCAAUCCAAAGACAAAGUCUACUUUUGGAGGGACUUCCUCAAGCACUACUCUAAUCCAAUUGCCUCUUUUAUCGACAUGUGGCCAUCAAAUCCCACAACUUACAGGAUAAAGAUGGGGAACUAUGCAAAAGCAGUACAAAAAUUGUACCAACAGUUAAUGAAAGUAGUAUGUGAUGGCUUAGGACUAGCCCCAGAUUACUUAGAUGAAGAAAUUGCACAAGGCUCUCAGGUCGCGGCAAUUAACUGCUAUCCAGCAUGCCCAGAACCAGAUCUUACACAUGGAUUGCCACCACACACAUAUUUUGGACUUUUAAGUAUCAUCCUUCAGAAUCAUGAGGGCCUACAAAUAAUGGACAAAAAUGAAAAGUGGCAUUCAGUUCCAUUAAUUAAAGGAGCCCUGAUUGUUCACCUAGGAGAUCAAAUGGAAGUGUUAAGCAAUGGUCGAUAUAAAAGUGUUGUUCACAGAGCAACAGUUAACACAGAGAAACAACGUCUUUCAAUUGCAAGCAUUCAUAGUCUUGCAUUAAACAAGAAAAUUGGACCUGCACCAGAGCUUGUUGAUGAAAAACAUGUCUUGAGUUAUAGACAAGGAAGCUUUAGUGAUUUUCUUGAUCAUAUUACUGGGGAAGAUAUCACGCAAAAGAAAUACAUAGACAAAUUGAAAAUAAAAUCCAUGAAUAUUCUGGUCUGGUCCCAUGCAGAAGAUAAGAGUAUUUCUGGCAAGAAAUAUAGAUGACGUUUAUUUUUAAGAGUUUUUCAGUAGUAUAAGGUAGCAUCACUCUUUACUUCACUCACCACUAGUUCCUAUGUUAGAAGUUUCUAGAUCUUUAUCGUUUUGCUUGUCACAACUCACAACUCACACACACAGGUAUUUUUGGA